UUCUUCUGACGUAUCCCAGAUACUGGCGUGGGUGGGAGGGGCACUAGUUUAAGGCCACCCAGAGUGCGGAAAUAUCCUGGCUCAAAUUGAAAUCUGAUGGCUGCUAUUUUGAGUGGGAGUGGAGCCUAACGUGUCUUAGAGAAAGCGAAAAUGGUGGACAGAACUUGCAUCUUUUCCAGAUGAGAGGUGUGUAGAAGAAGGGAAUAAAAGUGCUGAGGCAGCUAUGACUGCAGCUUCAGUUUCAGGUGCAUGGCUUCGUUGUGGUGAUGGAUUUAAGACAGCUUCUUCAGUAGAGAUGGAAAGAUCUUCAGAAAAAAGAACUGGAGUUAAGAAAUGCAUUGCAUCAUUUAUCAGCUCAAUUGAAGGAAAAUCUAAAAGCGAGAGCACAAGUGAAUUCACUGACAUAGUAUGGAGCUCCAGUGGGAGUGACAUCUCAGAUGAUGAAAAUAAGACUUCAGAGCUUCCUCAUCUAAAAAAGGAGAAAUAUAGAAAAUAUGAUUUGAUCUUUAAGGAUGGAUAUAAUGAAGGCGAACCACAGUUCAUUGAUUGGGAGGACGAUAGCAAUUAUGAGGAUGAUGUUGAACAGUGUAAUGGAUCAAAAACUGAGGUUCCUUUAGAAAUAUCAGACAAUGAUUCUUGUAGAAGCAGCAGGUUUAUGUCUGAUGAAGAGAAGGAAGAUGAACCUUCAAAGGCGAUCCCUAUACACAUUUCAGAAUAUUCAUCAGACAGUGAAAAUCUGGAAGAAUGCCCAGUAAAAACAGAAGCUGGUAACUUAAAAUUUUCUAAGAAGUUUCAGUUCAGUUUGGGAGCAAGGAAUGAAACAGAUGCAGGAAAAUUAGUAAGUGAUUGGUUAAAAUCUGCUCAGACUCUCUUGCAAACACCUAGGAAAAAGGCAUACAAGAGUCUGAGGAGUCCAGAAGAUUCUGCAAAGAAAAGAAAAUGGUUAAGGGGAGGGCUAGCGGAGAGAUUGAAUAGACUACAGAACCGAGAGAGGACUGCAAUUAGCUUUUGGAGGCAGCAGUGUAUUUCUGAUUAUAAAAGUUUUUCAGGUGUUAAAUCUGGUGUACUAAUUGUAAAGAUCUUAGAAAUGCAUGAAGAAUGCACCCACUGUAUAGCUGUCUGUCAUCAGUUGCAACCAGUCUGUGCUGCUAGUUCUUCCACAGAAGAAAUUCUUAACAUUCAGUCUAGACUCAAAGUUCUUUUUGCAAAAGAAACGGCAUCUCUUCUCAAGGCUGUGCCACAGGAUGUCAUAUAUAUCCAUCCUCCUUGGCAAAAACUUUUCCUCCUGAAUGAAAAAAAUCCAGUUAUCCUGAAUACUUAUUUCAGUCAGAAGGUUGUUGCUAAAGAACCAACAGAGAAAGAGAGACCAGAUUUUCAAGAACCAUUAUUUACUAAAAGAAGCAUAUCUUUGGCCUGGAUAUUCCAUUUAUCUGCCAUAAAGGACAGUUCCCCUCAAGUGUCUGCAAUUAAUCAGACUUCCUGUCCCGAUAUGAAGACUUCCAAGACAGUUUACACUCAUACCAACCAGGAGUCCAAAUUAUCCCCCUUCGCAGUGUCUUCCUUAAGUGAGUCGCUUCUUGACAUUGUGGAGGCACAAGGAACAGCUGAAGGGAGAGCAAUCCAGGUUCAAGUGGUUGUUCAAAGAGUGUACUAUUUGAUUGCUAAAGAUUUAAGAUGUCAUCUUCAGGAAGAUAACCUUUCCCAAAAUACAUCACCAUUGUUAAAUUCUGACCAGCCAAAUAUUAGAUUGUGUUUCCUUGUUCAGGAUACCUAUGGAAUAUUUGGUGAAAUACAGUUUCAAGUCCUACUUUCUUCCUCUGAACCAAUAGAAAAAUAUAUUAAAAAAUGGGAAGGAAAACAUUGCCGCUUACCUGGAAUGAAAAUAUUGCGGAGAAUCACCAGGGGAAGAGCACUGGGGCUUUUUAGCCUAGUAGACAGUUUAUGGCCUCCAGUAUUGCCUGUUAAAGUUCCUGGUCAAAGUCAAGAGAAUGAAAUGCAGGUUACAGAUCAUCUACCCCCUCCUAGUUUCUGUUACAUUCUUGCUGCCCAUUCUGAUCAAAGGCUCACUGAUGUAGACGAGGAAGAACCAAUAUCAGAUUUGUAUUUCCCCCCAGCUGUGUACAAUCUCAAGGAAAUUAUUCAGAUGUGCAAUUUACAUUGGUGCUGCAGCUUCUGGGCAUAUGUUGUAUAUCAACGAUUGCAGGAAACAGGUACCACUCUUUCAAGCCAAAGGCAAUUUUGCCUCUUUGUGACUGAUUUCUCCUUGCAGAGCUGGGUUGAGGGCAAUCCUGAAACUCCAAAAACUCUGCCAGUUUUAGUUACUUCAUCACUUGUGAUUGAUGUAGAAGUAAUGGAGGCACUCAAGAGCACAUCCCCCUGUGUUAUUUUUUUCAAGGAUGCUCUAUGUGGCAAUGGUAGGAUUAUUUGCAUUGAACGUACAGUUCUCUCAUUACAAAAGCCCCUUUUGUGUCGUGCUGCUAGUACUGACAUCACUGAACUGACUGGGCCUGUUCAACUAGAUAAGCUGGAUUCUGCAACCCAAGUCAAUUCCAUUUGUACUGUAAAAGGCACUAUUGCUGGCAUUAAUGAGAGGACUGCUUUUUCCUGCCCUACAUGUAACAGGUGUGGCAGUGGAAAAAUAAAGUGGCAUCCACAAAACAGAGAAUUACUUUACUGUUGCCAGUGCUGUGAAGCUAUAAUUUCACCAGUUCUCAAUAACCAUCUGGAAAUCUUUCUGCAUUGCCAAUCCCUGCCACUAUCCACAGUAAAAGUUAAGCUGCUACAAAGGACCUUUUCUUCACUCCUGGAGUCUUCUCCAACUGACCAUGGGAGUUAUGGAGUGAAGAGUUUGCUGGGACAGGAGGUGGGGACUUUAUAUUGUUAUGUCCAGUCUGUAGUUCGAUACCCAGCUAGCUGUGUUGGACUGGAAGAAAUUGUUCUCCCAGACACAGGAAAAACUAAAGGAAUGCUAUCUGCUAGCCUGAAGUAUAGUUAGUUGUGAACUAUGCUUGUAAAUGAUGUAUAAUGCAAGCAAUAGUUUUUGGGAGGUGAUUCUGCUAAUAAACUGUACCUGCUAAUACUUUGAAGAUUCAUAUUGUGCAUGUGCCAAGCAGCAUUAAGCAUAUUCAACUUUCAUUUAUUUCAGUGAAAGAAUUUAAAACGCUAGUGCUGAAAUCUCUCCUACUGACAUCAGUGGAACUUCCAAAUGCUUACCUUUGGCUGGUUUGUUCCUGUUGUGUGCUUCUGGUCAUCCAGAAGUAAUUUUCAGAGCACUGAAAUGCAGAAGUCCACAUUUUUCCUUGCUCUGAACAUUAAUUAUUGAAAUAAGGUCCCAGGGGCUUUUAAAAAUAACUAGAUGUUAAAACAAUUGUGUUUGUUGAAAAGGUUUAUAAAAUUGUUUUGUGCUAAAUGCAGUUAAGACUAACUGUGAUUAUUAAUCUAAUAACAAUCAAUUGCAAUAAUUUGCUAAAUAAAAUCUGUUGAAAUGCA